AUGGGCCGGAGCUUCCGGCCGAUAGUGCCAGUGGCAGCAGUAGUGUUUGCGCUCCUGGUCGUCGUGCCGCCGCCGCUCGCCAUGUCCGCCGGCGCCCGUUCACGUCCGUCGUCGAGGGUCGGUCCUGGAGUUUUCUCCAAUAGCGUGAAGAGGGGAGCGAAAAUAAUCGACAAGCUGUUGAAGAAACUCGCGGAAAAAGGCCGCAAAGAACUGGUGAUGGACAAAUCCGCCGACAGCGUUCCCCUCUUCGUCUUCAACCUCACCGUCGGUACAUCCUCCCCGCCGCAGAACAUACCCGGCGUCCUGGACAUCAACGGCCAGCUGGUCUGGUCUCAGUGCUCGCCCUGCAGCCCCUGCCUGCCGGCGCCGGCGCCCGCCUUCGAGCCGGACAGGUCGUCCACCUUCGCGAGGCUUCCCUGCGGUAGCCAGACGUGCCAGCAAGUGCUCAACGACACUUACACUUGCUCCGGCAACGCCGCCGGCGACGACCGCUGCAAGUACACAUAUAUGUCCGAGAGCACCAACACGACGGGGUACCUCGCCAACGACACCUUCACGUUCGGCGACACUCCCGUCCCCGGCUUGGUGUUUGGCUGCAGCGAUGCUUUUCUGCAGGGGGACUUGUCCGGCGCGUCCGGCAGCUUCGGCUUAAGCCGGGGUCCCCUGUCGCUGGUGUCGCAGCUGAAGCUCUCCUGGUUCUCCUACUUCUUGGCGUCGGACGACGACGAGUCCGACGACAGCAGCCGGAUCCAGUUCGGCGGCGACGCCGCGCCGCCGCAGACGAAGAACAGCCGUUCUACUCCCCUCCUCAACAGCACCCUAUACCCUGACCUGUACUCCGUCAAGCUCACCGGCGUAAGAGUCGACGGCAACGACCUCGCCGCCGACAUCCCAGCCGGGACGUUCGACUUCCAGGCCAACGGGUCCGGCGGGGUGUUCCUGAGCACGACCUACCCGCUCACAGUCCUCGAACAGGCGGCGUACGACGCCGUGAGGAAGGCGAUAGCCGGCAGCAUCACGGCGGCGCAGCCGGUCGACGGCUCGGCGAUCGGGCUCGACCUGUGCUACACGAUGCAGUCCCUGAAGAGCGUGACGAUCCCGAAGCUCGCGCUGGUGUUCGACGGCGAUGACGCGGUGAUGGACCUCAAGAGGUACAACUACUUGUUCGCCGACAACGACACUGGCCUGGAAUGCCUGAGCAUCAUGCCGUACACGGGCCUGUCACUCCUGGGAAGCCUUGUGCAGACAGGCAUAGAGAUGACCUACGACAUUGACAACGCACGGCUAAUCUUCGACACCACAGCGGCACAGACGACGGCUGCUGCAUCACCGGCGGCGCACUCCCUGGCGACGAUGAUGCUACUCUAUCACCUGGCAGUAUGGGUGGUGCUGUUCUAG